AUGGAUACAAAGCGUUACGGUGUUGUAAAAGCCGUUACGGCGAGCAAGGCAUUCGCGGCGGGGCAUUUCGCCUACGCCAUUGCUUUAAAGAACACCGGAGCCGCUCUCAGCGACUACGGCCAUGGAGAAUCCGACCAAACCUUAGAUGACGAUGUUGUCGUCUUGGACCAAAGCCAUUUCGAGAAACAGAGUGAUGAUCCCAUCGCUACUCCUCAGCCUCCUCCUCCUCCGCCUAUAGAGAAUCUCCCUCCUCCGCCUCCUCCUCUCCCCAAGUUCUCUCCUUCUCCGAUUAAACGCGCUAUUAGCUUGCCGACGAUGGCUGUUAGAGGAAGGAAGGUUAAGGGUGGUGGUGUUGAUGGUAUGGCGAUUGAGGAGGAAGAUGAAGAGGAGGAGGAGGAAGAGGAGGAGGAGGUGAAGGAAGAAGAGGAGGAUUCGCCGAGGACGCCGGAGAAUGUUGGGAAAGGGAGGAAGAGACAGGAGACGCCGGAGAUUGUGAGUGCUUCUCCUGGGGCUUGGGAUUACUUUUUCAUGGUUGAGAAUGUGCCUGUCCCUGUGCCUAUGCCUAACUUAGAAGAUAGGUAUCAGUUCAGUGAAGAGCAAGAAGAAGAAGAAGAAGAAGAUGAGCCAAAGACGCCGGUGAAUGUUGAAGAGGAAGAGGAGGAUGUAGUAGUGGAAGAGGCAGAGGAGGAGAAGAAGAAAGGGAAAGCUAAGAUUGAGCAUUCCAACACUGCUCCACCGGAGUUCCGGCGUGCGGUGGCAAAGACCACCACCACGGCAUCGAGUGUGAAUCUGAAGAAGAUUCUUGAUGAGAUUGAUGAUAGGUUCUUGAAAGCGUCAGAGUGUGCACAGGAGGUCUCUAAGAUGCUUGAAGCAACAAGGUUGCAUUACCACUCCAACUUUGCAGAUAACAGAGGAUAUGUCGAUCAUUCCGCAAGGGUAAUGCGAGUCAUAACUUGGAACAAAUCAUUAAGAGGCAUUUCAAACGGUGAAGGUGGGAAAGAAGAUCAAGAAUCAGAUGAGCAUGAGACACAUGCCACGGUGUUAGACAAACUGUUAGCAUGGGAGAAGAAACUCUAUGAUGAAGUCAAGCAAGGUGAGCUUAUGAAGAUAGAGUACCAGAAGAAAGUAGCUUUACUCAACAGACAUAAGAAACGAGGUGCUAGUGCAGAAACCGUGGAGAAAACAAAGGCUGCAGUGAGUCAUUUACACACUAGAUACAUCGUUGACAUGCAAUCCAUGGAUUCAACCGUCUCUGAAGUAAACCGUUUAAGAGAUGACCAGUUGUAUCCAAGACUUGUCUCCUUAGUUGAAGGGAUGGCGAAGAUGUGGUCAAACAUGUGUAUACAACAUGACACACAACUAAAGAUCGUUGGAGAGUUAAAGUCUCUAGAGAUCUCAACUUCUCAGAAAGAAACAACAAAGCAGCAUCACAACCAGACACGGCAGUUCUGCACGGUCUUGGAAGAAUGGCAUGUUCAGUUCGAGAGGCUCGUGACACACCAGAAGCUAUACAUAAACUCUCUAAACACAUGGUUGAAGCUAAACCUUAUCCCUAUAGAGAGCAGUCUCAAAGAGAAAGUUUCCUCUCCUCCAAGGCCUCAGCGUCCACCAAUCCAAGCUCUCCUCCACUCGUGGCACGACGGUCUCGAGAAGCUACCCGACGAGGUGGCCAAAUCAGCCAUCUCGUCGUUCGCGGCGGUUAUAAGAACGAUCUUGCUUCACCAGGAGGAAGAGAUGAAGCUGAAGGAGAGAUGGGAGGAGACGAGGAGGGAGUUUAUAAGGAAGAAGCAAGGGUUUGAGGAAUGGUAUCAGAAGCAUUUGCAGAAAAGAGGGCCAGUGGAGGAAGGUGGGGAAGAGGGAAGCAGUAGAGAUGAUGAUCAUGUGACAGAGAGGAGGAUUGUUGUGGAGAGUUUGAAGAAAAGGCUUGAAGAUGAAGAGGAAGCUUAUCAGAGACAUUGUGUUCAGGUGAGGGAGAAGUCUCUGAAUAGUUUGAAGAUCAGAUUGCCUGAGAUCUUCAGGGCGUUGUCUGAUUAUGCUCACGCUUGUGCUGACUCUUACGAGAAGCUCAGAAUCAUAUCUCAGGCUCAGAAAGCCAAUGUGUCUUCUUGAACCAGUUAAAGAAUAAGAACAGGAGGUCACUCACUGUCUUUAUCUGUGCUUUAUGUAUUAAAAGAACUCGUGUUUGAAUAGUUUUGUAGAAGUUUUUUAACUUUUUUAAAAAAAGGACCUUGUAUUGUCUUGUUGAAAAGUGAAAACCGUAUGUCUGAUUCAUUUUGGUGAAAGCC